CACCGGGUAAUCCGUUAUGAAGGUCAAACAUUUAGUUGUGACUUUUGUAGAGCAGCAAGCUGUAAUGAAUUGAAUUCUUAUACUCCAUUUUGAUGAGAAAGAUCAGAUUGGGUCAACUCAUCCCACCAUUAUAUAAGCAGAGCCUUCUUCGAACUCUCUAAUCUUCACCCAUUACUACAUACCUUUCUUCCUACUAGCGAUCCUAUCAUGGCCACCAAACUCCACAUUGUAUACUACUCCACUUACGGACACGUUGAGAAGUUAGCGCAUGAAAUUAAGAAAGGAGCAGAGUCCGUUGAAGGCGUAGAGGCCAAGCUCUUUCAGGUUCCAGAAACCCUGUCCGAUGAGAUACUGGGAAAACUGGGGGCGCCCCCAAAGAGUGACGUUCCGAUCAUAUCCCCCCACGACCUGCCGGAAGCCGAUGGUUUCAUCUUUGGGUUCCCGACCAGAUACGGAAUGAUGGCUGCUCAGUUCAAAGCCUUUCUGGACGCCACCGGCGGUCUGUGGAGGACCCAGGCUUUAGCCGGCAAGCCCGCCGGCCUUUUCUACAGCACCGGUUCCCAGGGCGGCGGCCAAGAAACUACCGCGCUAACAGCAAUUACUCAAUUGGUUCACCACGGGAUGAUAUAUGUGCCGAUAGGGUACACGUUUGGAGCGGGCAUGUUCGAGAUGGAGCAGGUGAAGGGCGGGAGCCCUUAUGGUUCGGGGACUUUUGCGGGGGACGGGUCCCGGCAGCCAAGCCAGCUGGAGCUCGACCAAGCCUUCCACCAGGGCAAAUACAUCGCUUCUAUCACAAAGAAGCUUAAAGCCGGAUCCGCUGCUCUCUGAUCCAUUCAUUAAAAACCCUCCCAAAUAAUGACGCCCGCCCGGCUCGGCCCGCCCUGGCCCGGCCCUUUUUUAUUGUUUGUGUUCUUUUAUUAGCAUAUGUAUGUGUGUAUGUAUGUCUUGGAGCCUUGGAGGGGUUGGAGGCGGGAAUGCAACCCCAAUUCAAUGUUGUUGUACUAUAUGAACCAUUACUUAAUUAAUUAAUACUCCGUAAUAUAUGUGUGGUUCUUCGAGUUUAAUUUGUUGUUUCUAUAUAUGUAUGUGGGAGUGGUUAGCCUUUGAGGAGUUUGAUCUCAGCCUCAAAUAUGUCACUCCUCAACAAUUACACUCCACUUUGUAAUUUACAUUUCGUUUAUAUGUGUGAAUUAUUUUGAUCUCUUAGUUAGCUAUAGCUAGUGAACAAUAAAGAGAUGUUAGGGUGACCGAGUAGAGGAAUUAGUGACUCGGCCAGAUGUUAUGAAAUCAAUCUCAAUAUCAAUAAUUUCUAGCUCUUGCACGCUCUUUGUGCUACAUACUUAUCUACUAUGGUUUAUUGGUA